AUGCCAUCCACUUUCCUGCUGUCAGCCUGGGAGCCUGCCAUUCCUGUCACAGUUGCAGAUGGCCACAUUCUCGACGAAGAAAAACUGCUCGGAUUUCCAGCGUUCAGUAACUGGUUGGAAGCACUCCAAAAGAAUCUCACUGUGCAAACAACUCCCGGACACACGUUUGAGGGGGAUCCAUGGCGCCUCGAGGGGGUGAAUGUACACAACGUCACCGUCUUUGACGACGGAAUGAUAGGCUUCAUGACGAUCGAGGCAUUGAUGAAGAAGAGCCACACCAAUCUCGAUCGAGUCAUUUUCUUGCGCGGCGGUACCGUCGCUAUCCUUAUGAUACUACGACCCAAGGACAACGUAGACGAGAAGUGGGUCAUCUUGACAGAGCAGCCGCGAAUCGGCGCAUGCAGCACUGCUUUCCUUGAGAUCCCUGCAGGAAUGUUGGAUAACAAAUCUGGCACUGUAGUUGGGAAAGCAAUGGAGCAGAUUCGCGCAGAGACGGGGCUUAAUGUCAGGGCGGAGGAGCUGAUCGACCUAACCGCAAUGGCUCUUGACAAGGUUGAAACCAACGAACAGCUCAAGAACGGGGUGUAUAUGAGCCCUGGAAACCUCGACGAGUAUAUGCCGAUGCUAUUGUGGGAGAAAUACCUGGACCGAAAGGAACUCGAAUCUUUCAGGAGCAAGUUGGGUGGCGAGGGUGUCAGAGACAAGUUGAUCACUUUGCGCAUCCGCAAUUUCGAGGUGCUUUGGAAAGAAGGCGCGAGAGAUGCUAAGACACUCGCUGCUUGGGCGCUAUACGAUCGACUGGGCAAAACCGAACAGAUUGAAGAGCGACAGAAGCAAAUUCGCAUCGGUCGGACUCAGCAAUGA